AUGUCUUACAAACAAAUACUCUACAACAAGGCCCCUAAGUCAGCCAUCGAUCCUACCCUCAACUCCGGUACCUUUCGAGUCAACACUGUGCCUCGGCCCUCCAAUGUCCCAGCCGAUAAGAUCCUCGUGCGCGUGCACUACCUCUCCCUCGAUCCUGCCAUGCGCCAAUGGCUCACAGCCAAGCGCUCAUAUAUCGCGCCCGUCGAACUAGGCGCCGUCAUGCGCGGACAAGGCAUCGCACAAGUGAUCGAAGUAGGCACCGAGCUCUCCUCCAAGUUCAAGACUGGUGAAUGGGUUGUUGCAUACUCUGGCUGGCAAGAAUAUGCCCUGCUAGGCGCGAAAGAGGUGGAAAAGGUAUCCAUUCCUACUGGUGGACGACCAACAGACGCCAUGUCCGUGCUUGGUAUGACUGGAUUGACCGCUUAUUUUGGUAUGAUGGAGAUCGGACAACCAAAAACAGGCGAUACAGUUGUUGUUUCUGGGGCUGCGGGAGCUACAGGAAGCAUUGCGGGACAGAUUGCGAAGAUCAAGGGUGCGAAGCGGGUGGUUGGAUUAGCGGGCAGCGCCGAGAAGUGUGAGUUCCUUGUUAAGGAGCUUGGAUUUGACGCUGCGAUCAAUUAUAAGGAUCCGCAAUGGAAGAAGCAGUUGAAGGAGGCAACUCCUGAAUACAUUGAUGUCUUCUUUGAUAAUACCGGUGGUGAGAUCUUGGAUGUUUGUCUUGCUCGUGCGGCUCGGGAUUCGCGGUUCGUGAUCUGUGGUGCCAUCAGUCAGUAUAAUGUGGCGAAACCGCAGGGACCAACGAGCUUCAUGAUGGUGAUUUCGCAACGCGUCACGAUCAAGGGAUUUAUCGUUUUUGACUAUGCUAAGAAGUAUGCAUCUGCAUUGCAAGAGCUGGCCUCGUGGCUUUCGCAGGGUAAACUCAAGCGCAAGGAACAUAUUGUGAGGGGGGGAUUGGAGCGAGCUCCACAGGCUCUUGUUGAUCUAUAUGCUGGGGUGAAUACGGGCAAGAUGAUGGUUGAGGUCGCCCCGACCAGCGAGGCACUGGGACCUAAGGCUAAGCUAUAG